UUUAGAGAGACGCCAGUUGUCCGGUCCCUGGAAAUCCCGUCAGAGUGAGACCUCUCGCGAUCACUCCUCCCUCUGCGCUGUGAGUUUGUCUGUGUGAAUCCGCCGCGGUGAUAAUCAGAUCCGCAUGAAGCUGCAGCUGCUCGGUCGCACCGCCGCUUGUCAGGGGGAAGUUUGGAGACACGGACAUUAAAACCUAUAACGGAUCGAUCCACCCGGGUCAUCUCUCACUUCCAGACUCGGAGCACCGAGGGCACAGGCCGAACCGGGACUGUGGUCCGUUGAAUUGGACCGUUGAGCGUGUCCAAACCGCCACUUGAUGGGAGUUUAAGGCGCAUUUUCUUCUCGUUUCAGCCGCGAUGGAAGCGGAAAGACCGCCCUGUUCCCAGAGGUGCUCCCAGUGAAAAGAGAAACUCCAGAUCUUUCAUGGUUGUUUCCAUCCACUGCUGCUCACAACAUGAUCAAGAGUUUCAUCCAGCAGGAGGCCUGAGGAUUUAACAUUUUACAGUUGAGUUUCCAGGAUCACAGACCUUUUAUUUUUUUGGUUCAUUUCUGCCUCAGAGAUGCCCGGCGGCGGGAGGAAACUUUCCUUGCAGGAUUUUAUUGGUGAUAAAUGUGAAUCAGGUCAAACGAGGGGGCAGAAAACGCUCGGCUGACGAACAAGCCCGAGCAGUCGGACUCUUUUUUUGGAUGUCGUUCACCCACGAGGCCUUUCUCCCGCCCGGACCACGUCACAGAUAGCAGCAAAUGUCGGCCGAAAACAGCCCGCCACCACCGCCGCCGCCGCCACCGGCCUCACCUCGGUCUUUCCCCGUCCUCCCUCAACAUGUGGCCCCGCCCACUCCAUCGCCGUCACCCAGCCCGCCCGCCACCCUCUGCAGCCGGCUGUCUGACGGCAGCCAGACGGCCCCCAGCCCCACAAACUCACGGGGAUCCAUCCACGGCGUCUCCUUCCUGCUCCAGAUCGGACUCACCAGGGAAACGGUCACCCUCGACCACGGAGAGCACUCGCUGUCUGCUGUCAGGGAGCUCGUCUGCUCCAUCGUGGACCAGAAGUUCCCUGAAUGUGGAUUUUUCGGGAUGUACGACAAGAUCCUUCUCUUCCGUCACGACCUGAACUCAGACAACAUCCUGCAGCGGCUGAUGUCAGCGGAGGAGAUCCAUGAGGGCGACCUGGUCGAGGUGGUGCUCUCCGCUCUGGCCACGGCCGAGGAUUUCCAGAUCCGACCUCACACGCUCUACGUUCACUCCUACAAGGCCCCGGCCUUCUGCGACGACUGUGGGGAGAUGCUGUGGGGGCUCGUCAGACAGGGACUCAAGUGUGAAGGAUGUGGACUGAACUACCACAAACGAUGUGCGUUCAAGAUCCCCAACAACUGCAGCGGUGUGAGGAAGAGGCGGUUGUCCAACGUGUCCCUGCCGGGCGCCGUAAUGUCCGUCGCUCGACCACCUUCCACUGAGUUCACCCCGGCGCCGCAGGAGGAGCAGCGCCCCCUCCUGGGUGCCGGGAAGCGUAACUCCCUGCUGAGCGGUCGACCCAUCUGGAUGGAGAAAAUCGUCCUGGGGCGGGUCAAAGUCCCUCACACCUUCUCCGUCCACACCUACACUCGUCCCACCAUCUGCCAGUUCUGCAAACGCCUGCUGAAGGGACUCUUCCGCCAGGGGAUGCAGUGCAAAGAUUGUAAAUUUAACUGCCAUAAGAGAUGUGCAGCCAAAGUUCCUCGAGACUGCCUCGGUGAGGUCGACUUUAACGGAGAGCCGGCCAGUCCCAGUCUGGACUCCGAGGCCACGAUGGAGGUGGACAACUGUGACAUCAACAGCGACGGAGGCCACAGCAUGGACGAGCAGGACGAGCCGUCCACCCCCGAGGACAAGCUGUUCUUCAUCGAGGGUCCCUGCGUGGACGGCGAGAAAGACGACGAGACGCUCAGAGCCAUCAGCCCGUCCACCAGCAGUAACAUCCCUCUGAUGCGUGUGGUUCAGUCCAUCAAACACACCAAGAGGAAAAGCUCCACAGUGGUGAAGGAGGGCUGGAUGGUGCACUACACCAGCCGGGACAACCUGAGGAAGAGACAUUACUGGAGGCUGGACAGCAAGAGCCUGACACUGUUUCAGAAUGAAAGUGGAGCCAAGUAUUACAAGGAGAUCCCGCUGUCCGAGAUCCUGCAGGUGGAGCCGGCGCAGGACUUCAGCAGCCUGCCUCAGGGCAGCAACCCGCACUGCUUCGAGGUGAUCACGGCCAACAUGGUGUACUACGUCGGGGAGGACAACGGCGGCCUGUACCACAACCCCGUCCUGGCGGCGUCCGGCGUGGGGCGGGACGUGGGCCAGAGCUGGGAGAAGGCCAUCCGACAGGCGAUGAUGCCCGUCACGCCCAAGGCCAGCGUCGGCACAGGGCCGGGCCAGGGGAAGGACCACAAGGAACUUUCUAUCAGCAUAUCAGUGUCCAACUCCCAGAUACAAGAAAAUGUGGAUAUCAGUUCAGUGUAUCAGAUCUUUGCUGACGAGGUCCUCGGCUCCGGACAGUUCGGGAUCGUCUACGGAGGUAAACACAGAAAGACGGGUAGAGACGUAGCGAUCAAAAUCAUUGAUAAGAUGAGGUUUCCCACCAAGCAGGAGAGUCAGCUGAGGAACGAGGUGGCCAUUCUCCAGAACCUCCACCACCCCGGUAUCGUUAACCUGGAGUGCAUGUUUGAGACGCCCGAACAGGUGUUUGUUGUCAUGGAGAAGCUUCACGGCGACAUGUUGGAGAUGAUUUUAUCCAGCGAGAAGAGUCGACUGCCCGAACGCCUCACCAAGUUCCUGGUCACACAGAUCCUGGUGGCCCUGAGACAUCUUCACUUCAAGAACAUCGUCCACUGUGACCUGAAGCCUGAGAACGUCCUACUGGCCUCAGCAGAACCCUUUCCUCAGGUGAAGCUCUGUGACUUCGGCUUCGCUCGUAUCAUCGGGGAGAAGUCUUUCCGUCGCUCAGUCGUCGGCACUCCGGCAUAUUUAGCGCCUGAGGUUCUUCGCAGCAAAGGCUACAACCGAUCUCUGGACAUGUGGUCGGUCGGCGUCAUCAUCUACGUCAGUCUGAGCGGGACGUUUCCCUUCAAUGAGGACGAAGACAUUAAUGACCAGAUCCAGAACGCUGCCUUCAUGUACCCACCCAACCCCUGGAAGGAGAUCUCAGAGGAAGCCACAGACCUGAUCAACAACCUGCUGCAGGUGAAGAUGAGGAAGCGCUACAGCGUGGACAAAUCCCUGAGCCACCCCUGGCUGCAGGACUACCAGACCUGGCUGGACCUCCGGGAGUUUGAGACCCGCCGCCGCAAGCGCUACAUCACCCACGAGAGUGACGACGCCCGCUGGGAGGAGUACGCAGACGAGAGAGGCCUGCACUACCCCAAACACUUCAUCAUGUCUCCCAACCUGGACGACAUGGAGGAAGACCCGUAGUGGCUGUAGGAGGGUCGACGUUUCCUGCAAUGAAGCGGCAGACCCCCCCUCCGAGGACUCCCUCAGCGGCUGCAGCGGAUGCUGUGGAGUCCAUGGUGACUGUGACCAUGGAGACCGUGAGCUAUCCCAUGGCGGCGUGUGAUAAAGGAUUAAGAGGACACAUGGGUCAGGCAGCUCUACGAGGACACUGUGACAUCCUCACUGUGGAGACAAAUCAUGUCCAGAGACAUUUUUCACACAUUUUACCUUUUUCCUAUUUUUGCUACAAAGCCAUAACAGACAGACUCAAUGAGCUGAAACCUGAAGAGAUUUAUUUUAUUUUUUCUCAGAUUCAAUAUUUAGUCUCUUAAAUAACUGUCUUCACUGCCAGUUGAGCCACAGAGGGGCUGGAUAAAAACCAAUCCAGAGACUUUAUACACUUUUUCAGCUCAAAUAGAAAAUUAUUAUUAUGUUGUUGUUACACUUUAGAUCUCUUAAAGCUGUGCAGGAAGUCUUUACACAUUUAAUUGAACACAGAAGAAACAAACACGUUAUGUCUUGAAGAUGAUCCGAUUAUAACGUUGUUUUGUUGUUUCCUGGGAUGUCUUUGCACUAUUGGGAAAAUAUUUUAAAGGAGAAAUUAACUGAUAAUAACUUCUGGUUUGUUCAUCUGCAAAAGUCUAAAAAUUCCCUCUGGUUUCCGAGGUUUUUUCCGGAGAGAUUGAGUUGGAGAAAGUCGACAGUCCGGCUGCUCCCUAGUUGAUUUGAAGAGUCUUAGUUGAUUGGUUGGAUGGUCUCAGGGAAAAAAAAAAAACUCAGUCAGUCAGUCAACAUUGUUUACACCGUUGGUCUCUACAGUAAUGUAACCGAGCGUCUUGGGUUCAACUAACAAAUAAAUAAAACGAUAAAUGGGACACAGAGACGAUGAGCAGCAACAAGCAGGACUCUGCCAACAACUCACACUACAUUAAAUAUCAAAACACAAAGUGUGGGAUCAUUUUGAGAGAAUAAAGAACGACCCCAUGAAGGCAGCAUGCAAACCCUGCAGGCAAACAUUCACCAAACAUUCAUCAAACUCAAAUAAGGCUUAUCAUUUGAAACGUGUAAGUAGCCUAACGUUAGCCACUUAGCAUGGCUGCUCGCUCAAACAUUCUCUGUGCUUGUUAUUCUGACACAUUCAGAAUCCUUGUACCUUUUGCUGGUGUCGUUAACAGCUUGCUUUGUGCGUGCACUUAAAUAAGAGUGUAUCUAUCUGUGAUGUAGCACAGUGUUAGCAGUGUUACAUUCAUUCUCAGCUCUGGACUCUAGUUAUUUUCUCAUAACCCCCAAAAAUAUAUAUUUAAAUCAUUAAAUAUGAUAAACAUGGAACAAAUAGUCAACCAUUGGCUUGAACUACCGACUACUAGUCUUUGGUUGUCUAAAUCCAAAUUAGUUUCUAACCUCACCACUAGUAGGACAAUAAUUGUAGUUGUCCUUCUGACAAUGGGUCAUGCUAACUCACCACCUGCGUUGUAGAGAGUCAUUAAACAAUAGCUUUUUAACACACAAACAUUAGCAUGCUAAAUGUCAAAAUUUUUAAGAAAGAUUUUGUCAUUUUCCAACCUGGGUCUUUUCCUCACAAUUGCUGCCAUUUUGACUACGGGUCAUGGUAACUUUGCUAACUUCUAACUUUCACCACCUCUGCUGUAGAGAUUCAGGAGACAUUAGCACUUUCACAUUAACAUUAGCAUGCUAUCAUGCUAAAUAUCAAUAUGGUAAAGAAAAAUUCUGCUAUUUUUUAACCUGGAUAUUAUUUUUUAUAGUAGUAGCUACCUGGACUAUGAGUUAUGCUAACUUUGCACACAGCACCUUAAUUUUAGACCAAAACAAAACAAGCACCACAAACCUCUUAAAGCUAUCUUAAACUAGCCCUUUUAAUUAGCUUUUUUAGCUAAUUGCUCAGAGGUUUGCUCCCAGGGAAAUCAAACCGAGCAUGCUAACUUCUAACUCAGGAAAAUGUGUAAUUUAGCAUGUUAGAAUUUUAACAUGCUAACGUUUAGCAUCUUAGCAUUUAUCUGAAAGCACAGUUGAGGUCGGUGGGGAUUCGGUCAUUAAUUUCAGUCGUAUCCCAGCAUGAAAGAAAUAGCUGCUAAUGGCAGGAAAUGAAAAGUCAGGAUCUAAACCAAGUCUUUUGGAUUCAUCCUCUGGGGACCAUGAAUGUCUGAACCAAAUUUCACGUCAAUACAUCGACCCACAUUACCGUCACUAAAGCUGCUUAACGGGAAUUUAAAGUUUUUGCUUUAUUUCAAACAGAUGGGAUUAUUUGAAAAAGUCGUCACAGAAGUUUAGAUUCAGCUGUGGGAACAUUAUACUUUUGCAGAAAAACAAAUGCAGUUAUUUUCAGUGAUUCUUUCUUAAAUUUAGAUGAAGACGAGCUGAGAAUCGAGCUGCUAAUGUCUUUCUUUGUCUUUCUGUGGAAACCUGUCAAAAAAAAAAAAAAAAAAAGACGACUGGACUGUGGAGCGUCUUUGAUCCUGAUCCGACUCCAGCCUGAGAAUUUUAUUUCACAUUUUAUAUUUUUACAAGAAACUGUCAAGUGGUUGAUUUUAAUGGGAAAAUAUUAAAGCUGAACAGCUUAACUUUGAGAAACUCUGGUUUUACAUCAGUUACUCAACUAACGCUCUUAUUCACAGCAACUCAACAGUCGAACGAGACGCACUCAGAUUCAUCGACCAGCAAAUCAACAGCAAAACUGCUUCAGUUCUUCGACUUAUAAUUUAUUUAUAACUCAAGAUAUUCAUUCAUUAUUCUCUUUUUUUACCUGCUGAAUAUUGUGAUAAUUUUCCAUGUUUCAUUUACAGAGCAUUAAGAGAUCAGAAUAUAACCUGUUUAAUUGGUAGUUAAUGUGCUGCCACUAGAAUUCAAGUUUUAGAUUUAGAUAUUAAGUUAUAAUCUUGUUUAAAUUUGUCUGGUGGCAGUUUCAAGGCGAGAAACCUGAAGAAGCCCAAGAGUUUCAAUAAAAUACUUUAAUUUCUUCCAAAUGUUCGAGUCAGACUCGUCAAAUU